CGGGCCCGCGGCGCCCGACGCGGCUCCGAGGCGGGGCCCGGACGCCGCCGUUCCCCCCUGCCCUCCUCCCCGAUGAGCCGCCGCCCUUGCCCCCGGGCGAGCGGACUCAAAGAGGUCUUGCUAUGCUUGCCUACAAAAACAAAACUAUCGAGGGGUAUUCGGCAAACGGGCAGCAUUGAUUCUGGCUCCCUACGCGGAUAUUUCUGGAAGUGCCAUCUCUCCACCGCUAAUGGGUUGGUCGCCAAAUAAAUAGCCAUGCUGCGGAGGAAGCAGUCCGGCCGGCUCCGAGAGGGACCCGGGGAGGAGAGGCUGGUGGGCUGGAAGCUACCCGCUCUGACAGGCGUCAACUUGCUGUUUGCCGACUUCCUCUGAAGGGCGGCAGUUGGGGUUACGAUUAGGCAUGUGGUACUGGAAAGAUGAAACCAAAACUCUUGAAUUCAGAAGUUUUAUACCUGCAGAAGUCAAAGAAAAAGGAAAGAAAGGCAAAGGAGUUCACUUUGCAGAAACCGAUGGUCCAGCUUCAGACAGGUUGACAGAAAAGAGGUUGGCUUCAAGAGAUGCUAAGUCACCUCAAGCCUUCGAGAAGCGAGGUCAGCAGGGCAACGUCACACUGCAUGAUGUUAAAUUUGUUGCUUUGCUUUUGCUACAAGAGACUGAGAUGCAGCAUGUCUGUUCUUUUACAACAUUUAUGAGGAAUAAGAGUCUUGACAAUUUCCUCGUGGCAUUAUUGCACUAUUUAUCUCAUUACUUGGAAAAAAUCUCACUGGAAAAGAAGCCCAAAAGCUAUAUGGUAGGCCUUGUCGAGAAAAAGAAGCUGGACUUGGUUUUAAGUAAGCUAGAAGCAGCACAGAAAUACUUGGCGCAGAAGUACUGUGUCCUUGUCCUGGGCCUGGGCAUGCCCGAUAAGCAUCACAUGUGCUGCGGAAAGGAGAAAAUAUCAAAUACACAAAAAGACUGGAAAUUCUUUGAGUCCUUUUAUACUUUCUGUGCAUAUGUAGCUUGGAUUGUCUUCCGACGUCAAUACUUCACAGAGAUUGAGGAAGAAAUAGGGAGGCUCUUUCGUACCAAUAUGUUUAAUAUUCCUCGAAGGAAGCGUGAGGAUGAAGAAUCGGGUGGGGAAAAAAACCGCAUGACUUUGGUACAAUUCAGGAGAAUGAUGGCAAAACGCCCAGCGAUUAAAAAAGCCAUUAACAUGCGCUCUCCAGCAAUGUCUACUCUGCUGCCAUCUCUCAGAGAAAAAGCACAGAGUAUCUUUGAGAAAAAGUAUCAUCAAGUAGACAUCCCAGCAAAGAUGCAUGAGGACAUGGGAAGUCAGGAUGCUGUGCCUAUGCCAACAGUUGGCAUCUUGGGGGAGCCUCGAUAUCUGUUCAACCCUCAUACCCUUCUCCCCAUUGAACCAGAAGAAAACAUGAAAUUGUCUGUGAGAAAGAUUUCCCUGAUAGAAAGAAAUAACAUGAGGAUUCAAAGUACACUGGACUUAGUCAUGAAAACACUGUCUAUCCCCUCAAACAGCAUUCGCUAAACAAUCUGGUACAUUCCGUUUCUGUAAUUAAGUCCUUGUAUUUGAAGUAAACUACUUUGACUUAAUCACUUUAUAUAGAACUAGUAUUUGUUAUCUUUUAAAUUGUUCAAAUUACUUUGUUAAAAGUUCAACAAUAGACUAUUAAAGAAUUCUAGAAAGCUCGCAAAAAGAUCAUUUUCCUAUAUUUAAUAGUUUGCUUUGUCAUUUAUUUCCUUGGCUUCUGUGUAACUAUUUAUAGAAUAACAUAUAGGACAUUUAACCAAUAUUCUAGUGGACUAGUGAAGAAACGUUCUGUUUAUUCAAUUCUGAGUUCCUUUUUACUUUAAAGGGUAUCUUUGGUAUGUUUGAAAACAAUAUUUCAUAAAAAGGCAAAUUAAACUGUUUUAACAUUAAAUCGCUUUCUAUAGCUAUAUUAUUAUUGGCAUUAAGAUAUAAAGCAUAUCUGAUUCAUUUAAAAGCCUCUUAGCAUAUAUGUUUUUUUCAUUCUUUGAUUUAUUCAUUUAACAACAAAUGCAUAUUAAGCCCCUGCUCCAUCCAAAGCCUUGUGCUGGGUUAUGUAGGGGAAAAUGAUUAUCAAGACAAAGACCCUACCCUCCAGGUGUGGGUAGUAGAGAAGAUAGGUAACAUACAUACCUGCCCACAAUACAUUAUUGAAUAUGGUAGAGGCCAUAAAAGAGGUAAACACCGAGUGACCUGAGAGGACAGAGCCUCAAAGCAGUCUCUUCCCUUGGGGACCAGGAGUGUUCUGAUUUGAAUUUGCAAUUGCAAGGACUGGGUGGCACUAAGGGGGACUUCCAGUCAGAGGUGAAAAAGUGUGCCCUGUGACAGAGGAAUGGCAAGAGUGUGGUGUAUGUGAAGGGGAAGGUGGGGUAGAAAACAGGCUGGAAGGUUCAGCCGAAUGUCCAGCUAGGGAGUGAGUUGGAUGUUAUUUGGUGGGCAGUGAAGAUUAGGAAUCACCAAUGCAACCAGUUCACUAGGUGGAAUACAGAGCUGCCGAUUAUAUAACAUUAUCAUUUUAAAAGCCCUGUAGGAAUUUAGCCAAUUAAAACAACUAGACUGAAUGUACCUCUCUGUGGCCACAGGGUAUCCUCAACUUCAAAAUCCUUCUUUUAGCGUUUAGCUAAAAAUCAUUCAUUUCCCAGGAAAAACUAGAUGCCUUUCCCAGAUAUAAUGUCAAGAGCAAAGGAACACCAGCUCCAGCCUGUUGGUAAUGUGGGGAGCUUCUGCUAAAUUUGCACUGUCUUCACUCUCUGAUCCUUUUU